AUGGCUACUCAGGAGAUUCUGCAAGCAGCCGUAGAGCAGAGGUUACUCCAGGCCACCAAAGUCAUAGAGAACCAACUCGACAAUGAAAUAGAUAGAAUGGACAAAAUGGAUGCUGAUGACCUGGACAAGCUAAGGGAGCAGCGACUGCAGCAGAUGAAGAAGGCACGAUCUCAAAAGGAGCAGUGGAUGACACAGGGACAUGGGCAGUACACAGAGAUUACAGAGGAGAAAGAGUUCUUUGACAUCUGUAAAAAGAGCAACAAAGUGGUGUGCCAUUAUUUCCGAGACUCUACCUUCCGUUGCAAAAUUGUAGACAAACACCUAAUCAUUCUGGCCCCCAAACAUCUUGAAACGAGAUUCAUCAAGCUCAACGUGGAGCGAGCCCCCUUCCUCUGUGACAGGCUCCGUAUACGCGUCCUCCCCACCAUAUCCUGUGUCAUUGACUCCAUCACAAAGGACUACAUCAAAGGGUUUGACGAGCUCGGUGGCCAUGACGACUUCUCCACGGAGAUGCUAGAAUGGCGACUGGGCUGUGCAGGUGUGAUAAAUUAUUCAGGCAAUCUGUCGGAACCUCCGGACGUUGGCAAGCCUGCAAAAAAACAAGUCAACUUCAGAGCCAAGAAGACUAUAAGAGAGUCUGCUCAGGACAGUGACUCUGAUGACUGAUCUACUCACUUAUAAAUGCACGUCUGAGCGAGACAAUUACAUAUUAUGUGCACAGUAAUAUUGUUGUCAAUCCUAUGUAAUUAUAAUAUAUGGAUAUUAUAA